AUGGAUUAUUUGCUCACGGUCGUAGCGCUGCUUGUCACGGCCUCGUCCAUAUACAUCCACCUCCUAACCAGAGCAAAGAAACCAUGUCCGGCCAAGUUGCCCCCGGGCUCCCUUGGUCUGCCGGUGAUUGGACAGACCUUCGGCUUCGUCCGCGCCAUCCACGCCAACAGCAUUGACCGGUGGAUUCGAGACCGGAUGAAUCGAUACGGGCCGGUUUCCAAGGCAUUGCUGUUCGGCACGCCGACAGUUCUUCUGGCGGGACCGGCGGCCAACAAGUUCAUCUUCUUCAGCAGCUUGCUGCCGAUGCUGCCCCGGUCAGUCCAGCGUGUUGUCGGGGAGAAGAACGUCGUCAGCCACUACGGCGACAAUCAGGCGCGCAUCCGUGGGGCGCUAUUGCGGUUCCUCGAGCCAGACAUGCUCAAGCUGUACGUUGGGACGAUAGACGCCGGCGUGAGGCGGCACCUAGAGGAGAACUGGUCCGGCGGCCGCACGACCGUCACGGUGCUGCCACUAAUGAAGCGGCUGACGUUCGACAUCUUCUGUGUUCUACUCUUCGGCCUUGAGACAGGCGCCGUGCGGGACGCCCUCUCGGACGAAUUGGUGCGCAUGUUCCACGGCAUGCUUGCAAUCCCGGUGAACCUGCCGUUCACGGCGUUCGGCCGGAGCCUCAGGGCUGGGCGAAGGUGUCGACGGCUGCUCCACCGGAUCACGCGAGAGAAGAAGGCUAAGCUGGGGGCCUCGCCGAACAACGACCUCAUCAGCCAACUGCUCAGCAUUACAGACGACCAUGGCGAGCAGCUGUUGACCAAUGAGGAGAUCGUCGACAGCAGCGUGGGCACCUUGAUUGCCGGCCAUGACACGACGUCCACGCUCCUGACUUUCAUGGUCCGGCAGCUCGCCAAUGAUCCGGCUACCCUCUCCGCUAUGGUGCAAGAGCAUGAAGAGAUUGCAAAGAACAAGGCUGACGGGGAGGCUCUGGCAUGGGAAGACCUGUCGAAGAUGAAGUUCACAUGGCGAGUCGCACAGGAGACGCUUCGCAUCAUCCCUCCAGUCUUCGGCAGCAUCAGAGUAGCAAUCGAGGACAUUGAGUUCCACGGCUACUGCAUCCCAAAAGGAUGGCAGGUGCUUUGGGCAGCCAGCAUGACGCAAAUGGACCCGAGUAUCUUCCACGAGCCGGCUAAGUUCGACCCAUCCCGGUUCGAGAGCCAGUCAUCGGCAAGGCCACCAUGCUCCUUCGUUGCAUGGGGUGGCAGGCGCAGAAUAUGCCCCGGGAUAGAGUUUGCCAAAAUCGAAACAUUGGUGACGAUGCACUACCUUGUGCGACAGUUCAGAUGGAAGCUCUGUUACAAGGAGAACACCUUCGUUAGGACCCCCUUGCCAGUCCCCCUACAUGGCCUGCCGAUAGAACUAGAGCACAAGACUUCCCUUAGUCCCUUUGAAUGCGACCACACCUUUGUGGCUUCGCAAAAUAAGGAGCCCAAGGAGUCUACUGCUAUGUGCUGA